AACAGCAGGGAACAGUCUCUUUCAGCUUGGAGCUCUCAUUAACAAGACUAAGGAAACAAGAAAAGUAUAACCUGCACUACAAGAAAACACAUCUCUCUGAUAAAAUGCCAUCCAGAAAAAAAAAACAAAUGUUUGCAUCUGCCUGUUUUACUAGUAUUUGGUCUUUUGUGAUAGUCUGCCUUGUUCUUGCAAACAAAAACUGGGUCUCGAGUAAUGUUAACUUUACUGAAGGAAAUUCAAGUGCUAUUAUAACCGUCACAUAUGGGGUUUUUGAAGGUGUGUGUUCAAAGAAGGUGAUUGAUGGACUUGAAACGCCAGCAAAAAAUUUCCAAGUGACAGCAAAGCUGGGAAAGACAGCAAUGAAAAGUUUGAACGUUGUGAUUAUCUUGCUCCUGGUUCUCAGUUUGCUUAGCUCCCUUAUGAGUUCUGGAUUUACAUGCUGCAACACCGUAACCAAUCCCUACCAGACCUUUUUGGGGCCCAUUGGUGUCUAUACAUGGAAUUCCCUAAGUGGCAUCUUCGUUCUUCUAACCAUGAUAUUGUUUGCAGCGAACGUAGAGGCAAACAAACUGUCUGUAGAGUUGGCUUCAAACUGUGCACUUUCUUCAAGUCAAUAUAAAAACUCCAGAAACAAUUAUGAAUAUUCAUACUGGCUCAUGCUUCUCAUCCUUCUUUUGAAUGUUGCAACUAUCAUCAUCAUCAUCUUCUAUCACCGUGCAAGGUAUUCCAAGAGGAAGGAACAGGAGAGACCCAUUGAAAAUGCACCAAAAGAUGGUAUUUUAUUUUAAUGAUACCAGUUCUUUCAUUUAAAGGUGAUGUGGAAGAAAAUGGCAAGUUAAUGUGGACAAUCAUGACUGAUAAUUUAAACUCCAAAUGUAUAUUGUUGUUCACUUCAGUUGUUCAUUGUGUUGUAUGCCUAUCUUUAGUACUGAUUGAAUUCAUCUUCAUCAUUUUAGAUCUAUAUUGCCAUAUCAAAUUAUUUAUUGAUAAGGGCAUUUGUUAAAUGAAGUUGUAUAAUGAUCCCAACGUGCACCAUUUGUCUGAGAGCCCUUUAAGAAUGAACUUUGCAUAGCUCACCUUCCUGACUCCUCCCCUGGGGGAGUCCCUAUGUGAAGGUAAGAUACAGAAUUGAGUUUUGAGGGGACCCCCUACUGACUGAGUGGGCAGCAGCAACUUGUAAUGGGCACUAGGCCACAGAGAUUUGGAAAGCGAAUGCAAGGAAACAUUCCAUCUUCCUGCUGCUGUUCCUUCAGUCCUACCCCAUUCUGCAUCCAAGCAAAUCCUAUUGCAGCCCUUCUCUCCCCAUCCAUGCAUCAUUCAGCAUAGCCAGUUUCCACCUCUUGCGGUCUGGCUUUUCUUGGCUGCAGAAUGGCCCCCUAGGGGCUGUUUAACUUGCAGUGAGGGCUGAACCAGCCCCAGGACCAGGGUGGCCUAAAGGUACAAAGACCCUUUUCUCUGCCCUUUGAAGUCUGAACUCAUUCAGAUGCAAGGACAGGCCCAUUGUUUUGAUUAUGCACAUAAUUCCUGAUUGGAAAGAGGUAGACUAAUCCAGAAAACAUAAGAAAUCUUGAAGAUUAUAGGACAGUCACCGGAGCCUCAGUGCUUCACCUUCCACUGCAGUCAGUUGACAUUUCCCUUUUUUCUUUCAUCUUCCACUUACUCUUUGAGCCCCAUAGUAAAUGAUCCCUUCCACACUGAAGGCUUAGCUACACUUGCACGUUAUAGCGCAAUAAAGCCUCCCAGAGCGCUCUACCUUACUCCCCGUCCACACUGGCAAGGCACGGAGAAUGCUCUGACUCCCUGGCUAGAGCGGUCUUGGUACUCCACCUCCCCGAGAGGAUUAACAGCUAUUGCAUAUUGGGCGAGAUGCUGCAGCUCCAGUGUAAAUGAGGAGUAACGUUAUUACGCACUGAUUGACCUCCGGAAACGCCCCAUAAUCCUCUUAACUGAAGUGGUCUCUCUUGUCUUUGUUGUGAACUCGGACGCGGAAGUGCCCUUUCAAAGCUCCAGUUCCAAGAGCGGCUGCUUAUCUGGUCUGAGAAAACAAAUAAACAGCUACUGUUUGCUUUUGA